CUGAAGAAAAAACUUUUUAAAAUAUAAUUCUUUUUAUAUUUUUAAACAAACUUAUAUAAAAUACUGUAAAUAAGUUAAAUUAGAAAUAUUAUAAUCCCUUUAAAUUGACUACAAAUAAAAAACUUAAGAAAUCGUUAUAUUUCUUUAUUCUAAUAUUUUUGAACUUUAUAAUAUUAUAAUAUAACUAAGAUUCUAAUUUAAUAUAGGAGUUUCACUUAAAAAGAUGUUUUAAAGACUAAGAAGUAGAAGAGUAAUUCGAAAAAAACAUAAAAAAUAUAAAUUAUUCUCAUGGAAUUUACGCAGAACAGUAUAAAAUUAAAAUCUAACUAUAAAAAGAAAAAGAUUUGCUUGAAAAUAAAGUAAGAAGAGAAAUAUAUGAUAAAUAUAAUGUUAAAGAUGAAGAUUAUUUUAAAUAUACUGGCUUAGAUUAUUAAUUUAAGCAUUUAUUUUAAUCAGGCGUUAUUUAUGUUGUACUUUUGCUUUCGAGUUAUAUUAUGCUAUAGAAUAAGCAUAUAAAUGUUUUUAAAUGGUAGUUUUUUUUAAUUUUUGGUACAUUUAUAAUUGAAGUUCAAGCUAUUUAAAAUUAUAAAAGGACUUGUGAUAUUAUUGAUUUUAUUUUACCAAAAACAACUAUUUAUUACAGAUUAAAUUUGAUGAAAUUUUUACUUAUUCCUAUUUUGAUAUUACUUGAGUAUAUUUUUGUCUCAUUUUAAAGAAAAAUUGAUGAAGAUAUAAUAGAAAAAAUUGAAUAUAUUAAAAAUAAAUAGUAUUACUAAAUACAAUAAUAAACUGUUGCUUUAGAAAAAAAUCAAAAUAUAUCUUAAAAUAUUACAGAAGAAAUAAAAGCACAAAGU